AUGUCGACGGUAAAGAGUCCUGCCGAAGAGCUGAUCCAACACUCGACCAUCGACCAGGUCCAGAAGUACGUUAUUGCCGCGUUCUGUGCGGUGGUCUGGUACAAUGCUAUUGAGCUGGUGGUGCUUUGCCUCAUCACCUUUAAACGAUACAGGGGGUGCUACUUCUGGAGUCUGUUCAUCGCAUCCGCGAGCCUGAUCCCUCACGGCCUCGGGUUUAUCUUCUUCAUCUAUCCGUUGGGGGUCAGCCCCUAUAUCUCGGUCACCCUGAUUGUAACCAGCUGGUACUGCAUGGUCACCGGUCACUCACUCGUUCUGUGGUCGCGGCUUCAUCUGGUGCUCCAAGCACCCAGGUUGCUUCGUGCCCUCCUGGCCAUCAUUAUCAUCGACGCGGUCGCUUUUCACGUCCCCACCACCAUCUGCCUAUAUGGAACGAUAUCGUCGGCGCCGGGCCAUCCAAAUCACUUUGCCAGGGGCUACCGAGUGAUGGAGCACACACAACUCAUCGGCUUCGCCGUGCAGGAGUCCGUCCUCUCCGGGUUAUACAUCUGGGAGACGGGGAAAAUGUUGCGUCUCCGACAGGAUCGCGUGCAUUACGCUAUUCUCAUUCAGUUGCUGACGAUCAAUAUCGUAAUCUUGAUUUUGGACGUGGCCGUCGUGGGGAUCGAGUACGCCGGAUACUACUCGCUCCAGGUGAUGUUCAAGCCCGUCGCGUACAGCGUCAAAUUCAAAUUAGAAUAUGCGAUCCUGGGCAAAUUGAUCCAAAUCGCCCAGGCGUCCUCGUCCAGCCAGGAUCCGCUCUCCUCGAGUUCGCGGGGACAGGAAUGGUUCACCUCCGCAGGUCAGAGUGGCUCCGGCAGCAACGGGGCGCCGACGAGCGAGAUAGUACGAGAGAUCCCCCAAGAGACAUUGUGUACGGGAUUUUCGCGUCCAGAUCGUAUGCAAGUUGAUCUGCUCGUGAAUGUGUUUUGUCAAGCGAGCGUGCCGGAGCAGUUCGAGGCCUGCACCCCGAUAUGCUUACAACCCUUCAAAGCGGCUAAAAUAAAUUUUGGGUUCAAGCACAUCUCUAAUACUGGCCUCGAGUGCUGGGCCGGUUUGCAUGGCAAGGGGAACGAGUCGUACUUUCCUCGAGUCGGAAGCCAAAGCCCAUUGACUGUUGAUCGUGAAGAGCUGUGA